AUGAAAGUCGAGGAGUUGAUCAUAGAUGGUUUCAAGUCCUAUGCAACUCGUACAGUGAUCAGCAACUGGGACCCUCAGUUUAAUGCCAUUACUGGUCUCAACGGUUCGGGAAAGUCAAACAUCCUUGACGCGAUAUGUUUUGUUCUAGGCAUCGCCAGUAUGUCGACUGUGAGAGCGUCCAACCUACAAGAUUUGAUCUAUAAAAGAGGCCAGGCUGGUGUUACGAAAGCCAGUGUUACUAUUGUCUUUGAUAACUCAGAGACCGAGAAGUCUCCCAUUGGAUUCGAAGGGGGAACAUCGAAGUAUUUGGUUAACGGUCACAAGGCACAGCAACAAAAUGUUCUUAAUCUUUUUCAGUCCGUGCAACUUAAUAUCAACAAUCCUAACUUCUUGAUCAUGCAAGGUAAGAUUACCAAGGUUCUCAAUAUGAAGCCAUCAGAGAUAUUAUCGCUUAUAGAGGAAGCCGCAGGUACGAAAACAUUCGAGGACAGGAAGGAAAAGGCCCAAAAAACCAUGACGAAGAAGGAUGUGAGACUCAACGAAAUCAAGAGCCUUCUAUCUGAAGAAGUUGAACCCAAACUAGAGAAAUUCCGCAAGGACAAGAGAACCUUUUUGGAAUUUCAACAAGUACAAACUGACUUAGAAAGACUAUCACGAUUUGUCAGCUGCUGUCGAUACAAGGAUAGUUCACAGAAGUUUGAUCGGUACUCCACCUUGCGUUCGGAACAUGAAAACAUCAAGGCCGACCAUAAUGCACAGAUAGAAAGGCUUACCAUCGAGCUAGAGAAUUUAAACCGUGAUCUUGAAGAGGUCAAGAAACAGAGGCUGUCAGAACUUAGUAAAGGAGGGACCAUUGAACAGCUUGAAGGCGAAGAAACGGAAUUAUCUGAUAAACUUACAAGGCUAACCACGUCGCGUGAUUUACUUUCUGAGAACAUAAAAGAGGAAAGAGCUAAGUUGACAAGGCUCCAACAACAGUCGACUUUAAUCGAGGAACUGAUAGCCAACAGCAAGGAUAAUUAUCAGACUUCACAGAACGAAUAUGAUAGGUCAAAAGAGAAGCUUAAUAGCUUAAAAGAGGAGCACUCCAAGAAAGAGGAGCUUCUCACUGCGCUCUCAACUGGUGUUUCAGCAAAAGGUACUGAUAGUGGUUAUAUGGCCCAACUUCGAAAGGCGAAAGAGGAUUUGAGUGAAAGCCAAGGUCUCAUAAAGCAAGCAGAACUUAAAAUUGGUCAUCUCAGUGAGAAGAGCCGAGGAGAUAAAGCAAGGUUAGAAACUGCUCGACAGGAAUACGAGACUUUACUGCAAGAGACUAAGGGAUACGAGAAUGAGAUAUUAGCUAAAGAGAAGAAGCUUGCAAGCUUUGGCUUUGAUGUAAAAGCCUACGAAGAUUUGCGUCAACAAGAAAGGGAGCUACGUCAGACUGUGGCUGAUUAUCAAAACCAACUCAGCUAUCUUAGACGUGAAGUGGGUAACAUAGAUUUCCAGUAUUCCCGUCCUUAUCCUGACUUUGAUGCUGAAUCAGUAAAGGGAGUCGCGGUACAGUUGUUCAAGUUGGACGAGGAGCAUCACGAUAAAGCACUAGCCCUUCAAGUUUGUGCUGGUGGACGACUUUACAAUGUCGUGGUCGAUAAUGCAAACAUUGCAUCAGCUCUUCUAGAAAAGGGCCAAUUGAAAAGGAGAGUAACCAUUAUUCCUUUAGACAAAAUUUCCGCCAGCUCGAUUCCUGAUCUGACAGUUCAGUACGCAAAGCAACAAUGUCCUGGAAAGGUCGAGCUUUCCCUUAAUCUUAUCGAUUUUGAAAAGGAAUUAUACAAGGCAAUGGCGUACAUAUUCGGCAAGACCUUUAUCUGCCAAGAUCCGCAAACAGCCAAAACCAUUACUUUCGAUCCCAAAAUCCGUGCUCGUUCUAUCACUUUCGAGGGCGACGUCUAUGACCCAGAAGGAAACCUUUCUGGUGGCUCCAGGAAGAACAAUUCGUCAACAUUGCUUCUUAUGCAGAAGUACAACGCUGUUGCGCAAAAGCUCAAACAAGCGGAGACUGAACACGCCCGUGUGAGGCAUGAACUUGCUCGUCUUGACAAGUUGGGGGAACAAACGAAGACUUUGCAAAAUGAACUUAUGUUAAGUCGUCACGAGUUUACAUUGGUACAGAAGAAGCUCGAAAACAAUCCGGCUUCUAGAAUGAUCAAAGAGAAUGAACAAAACGAGAUACAAGCUGAGGAGUUCAAGGCCCAGAUAGAAUCCGAGAAAGAGAACUCGAAAGCUCUCCAAGAGAAGAUCAAUUCUAUUCAAAAGGAUAUUGAUGACUUUAACAAUGACAAAGGGUCGAAACUUAAAGAGCUUGACCAGGUUGUCAAGAAGAUUUUUGCUGACAUUAAUAAACAAAAUCAAGAGGUCAAGAAAUCGUCUGAGAAGUUUCAAAAGCUUGAAGUUGAAAUGGAGCAACAAGUUCAGGAAUUGGAUGCCAUCAAGGAAUCGAGCACAGCUUCGCAAAAGGUCUUAGAAGAAAGCGAAUUGGAGCUAAAAGAAAUGACGGAAACUAUGACAAAAUUAUCAGAUGUCCUAGAUGCUAAACGCGCCCAGCUCGAAGAUGAAAGGGCCAAGCUUCUAGGCUUUAACGACGAAAUCAGAGAACUCACCGAGACACUUACAUCGAAGAACGAAGAGCUUAACCAAGCUAAGCUAUCCAUCCAGAAAUUAAAUCAUGAUUUGGAGAAUGCGGUUGGCAUCACUACUCGUUUGAAGGAGGAACUUGACAAUUUGCUUCAAGAAAAUGAGUGGUUGGUAGACGAGUCUGUCGUCAACAAUAUACUUCACCAGCAUCAAGGCGAAAAUGUGAAGGAUUGCAUCCAAAGACUAGGGACUUUGAAAGAGAGGUUUGACAGCAUGAAGAAGAAGGUAAACGCAAACAUCAUGAGUCAAAUUGACAAUGUUGAAAAGAAGGAGGCGGCUCUUAGGAAUAUGAUUCGAACGAUCACAAGAGAUAAAUCGAAGAUUGAAAACACGAUUGAAAAGUUGAACGGAUACAAGAGAGAUACAUUGAAUACGACUUAUCAGAAGGUCUCAGACGACUUUGGUAACAUCUUCGCAGAUCUUCUACCCGGCUCUUUUGCCAAAUUGGUUCCCGUCAAUAUGUUUGAUGUUACAAAGGGUUUGGAAGUUAAAGUCAAGCUUGGUCAAGUGUGGAAAGAAAGUUUAACAGAAUUAUCAGGUGGUCAGAGAUCUUUGAUCGCUCUUUCCCUUAUCAUGGCUCUUUUACAAUUCAAGCCUGCUCCAAUGUAUAUUUUGGAUGAAGUCGAUGCUGCUCUUGACAUGUCACAUACCCAAAACAUUGGUCACUUAAUCAAAACGAGAUUCAAAGGAUCACAGUUUAUCAUUGUGUCUUUGAAGGAAGGUAUGUUUACCAAUGCUAAUAGAGUCUUCAGGACACGGUUCCAAGACGGUACCUCUAUGGUUUAUACAAUGUGA